GGGAAUUUCCAACAGCUGAGGAGGCGUAGCUAGCCACGGCUAGCACUUGUUAAAGCUUGGAUAUGGCUCAGAACAAUCACCCAACCAUGAGUGAGUCUUCUAGAUGAGCGACCUUGAUCUCUACGCCAGCUGAAACCAAGGAAUGGAAUAGAUACAACACUGCGUUACCAGCACGUGCAGAAAACGCUCCCCCUGACUUCAUUUUGCUUGACAUAGGCCUGUUUGUCUGGAAACAACUUAGGCUUUGAGCCAGCAGCAGAGAUGGCCGUACGAAGGCGUCCCUACAGGCUGCAGCCUAGUUACGCCAACUGAAAACACCGGACAACUGCAUCUCUUGUUCAGACGAUGUGCUGCUGAGUGGAUGCUGAAUCUCGCUCCUCCAUAACACCAACGCUGACUGUGUGCCAGUGUGUACGAUGAAUUAUGGUGCCCGAAAAUGGUGAGUGAAUGUGGCAUCCUGGUGCAAGUUAUGCUAAAAGGGGUGAGGCUCUCCCAUAAACGUGCAACAGCCGACUGGUAGUCUGCUGCAAACAAUGGAUGCCAAGUUAAAGGAGGACCUGUUUCGGAGGUACGUGACGGCGCUGGAGAGGCGUCUGGAGGAGGGAGGGGAACGCACGGGGAGCAGGAAUACACCUGAGGGGGACAGGAGCAGGCACAAGGACAGUGAAGCCCUGCUCUCCACUGCUACCGCCCUGCUGGGAGCCUACCAACCAGACCCGGGGCAGCGGUUUCGCAUGGUGCGUUUCUACGAGGUGGUGGAGAACUCGCUCCGCUGCCAGAGAGGAGGAAACCUCCGCAGCCUGGAGAGGGCUUUCCACACCCUGGAAACCAUCUGCACCAACCUCCUGCUCUUUCCCUGGAAGAAGGAGUUCAGAUGUAUAAAGACCUUCACUGGCCCGUAUGUCUACCAUCUGCAGUCUGCCAUCUCCGAUGCUGAGCUCCGUGCUCUAAUGCGCACCAUUGGCUAUGCCUGUGACCAUGAUUCACAGUUCUAUUUGCAGGAACACCCAGGAGGCUCCAAUCAUCUCCGUCAGUUAGCAUUUGAACUCUUCUUGGCGCAGGCAGAGUGCCGUCUUCUCGGAGAGGUGGUGGCUCUGGCCCGCGGGUCGGCCUCGGAGCUGGAGGCUCUGGAGCUGCGCAGGGGCUGCAGAGAUGAUGCGGCCGGCUGCGCGGAGGCGCUCCGCCGGCGCGACAGCCUCGGGGCUGACAUGGCGCGGCUGUCCGUGCGCCCUCUGGAUAUAGAGCGGCCUCACGCCCACCACCUGAGGCGAGGCAGCCGGCCGUCCAAGUCGGUGGAUGUUACAGACGGGGCGGGCCACUGGCACCCGGCGGUCAGCAAGCCGGUCCUGAAGGCCUCGCUGAGUCUGAGGAAGGAGCCGCUGUUCGUGGAUGCAGAGGAGGAUAUGAAGGAUGAGAUCCUGAGACCAAACACCUCAGCAUCUCUUUUCUCCGUGGCAGCUCCACCUUCUUACAGCCCCAUCGCUGAUUUCUUCCCAAUCCAGUCCCCUCCGCCCGCCGAUCCCUACACUUCUUAUCAUCUCUCAUCUCUGGAUGAGAUUGACUUGUACACGGAGAGGGGGGGCGCCGGGACCGGCGGAAGGCAGACGCCGUCUCGACCUCCGUCCAGGGAACCCCGGGAUGCUCGGGACGGAUGGCUGCUGAAGGCCCACGGCAAUGUGAAGUGUCAGGGUUGCGGGCUGGGAUGCUCCACGAUGGCGUCCUGCCAGCGGUGCGACAUGAUCCUCUGUCCCGCCUGCCACGACGUGGACCCCUCGCCCUGCUGUGGCCUCCAGGACUACCACCCCAAAUCCCCGCGGCCCCUCGACGGGUACAUCCCCGUCAAGGAGAAGCUCUCCGUCUACUCGAAUACUCACUCCCACUCCCACCUCCAUCCGCACCCGCUCACUCUGACCCACUCACAUUCCCAUCCCCACCCUCACCCUCAGAUGGUGGAGAAACCCCUCAUGUCCACAAAGCUGUUUCCAAGCAAGUCUGUUGCCUUGACAACACCAAAGGGAGGCAGCAGCGAGCGGCUAAGCAUGGGGGGAUCGCGAUGCGGGUUCUGCAACAAGCCAGGUGCGUCACACACUUGUGUGAACUGCUCGAAGGUGUCGUGUGACUCGUGCAUGGGCUUGUAUGCGAAGGACAUCUGCACGCGGAAGAAUCCUCAGCACAGUUUUGUGCCCAACCAUCAGCUCAACUUCAAAUCUGGCACCAUAUCCCACCUGGUGUACCGGUGAAUCAAGCAGACGGAGCGUUUUUCGUUUCCCUCCCUCCCCUCAACCCGCAACGUAGUCUUGCACUAUUGCUUUUGCUUUCCUCCCACUUUAAACUCUCCAUUCACUACGUUCCCCUUUAUCUGAUGGUCUCCACCCCGACCCGCCCUUGAACUUUGUACAUUUUUCUCUUGCCGUCAGUAGGAAAUUGGAAUGCACACGCCACAGAGAGCCAUAUCCGCCCGUCUCUCUGCCUGCUCCAAGUCCAGGCCUUUUCUCUGUGUCUUCAGUUUUCCCCUUGCUACCUGCUCUUGAGUAGUCGUGAUGUUGUAGCGCUUCCCAAAUUCCUCUAAAUUUACCCUCCUCAAAAAGAACAGCAGAGAAAACAGUUGAAUUCCUUCUCAUUUUGAAUGAAUUACAUCCAGAUGAACAUAUAUUCUUUUCCUAAAUUCCAGCUAAGAAUUCUUCUAAUAUAUAAAUAUAUAUAUACAGUAUAUAUGUGAGUGAGAGAGAGUGUGUGUGUGCGCGCGUGCGUGUGUGUAGAAAAGACCUCUGAGCUUGCAUUGUGAUAAAGGGGAUCUUUUUUAACUUGAAAAAAAAAAAUGUAGGGAUAAAGAGAAAAAAACAUACACUGGAAAUCAAUAAGUCAAUAGUAUAUAUUUUUAAUCUCUAUUCUCUAGAACAAUGUGAGACUGUUAAACGGGCAUGAGGUCUGGCAUUGGGGUCUUUUGGGGUGUGAACCUCUGUGGGUGUGGGGUGGGAGAUCUCUCAAAGGGACAAACUGAUUCAUGGUUCAGAUGCCAUAUAUUCUAUUGAAAAGAUUCUGCCUUGUAAAUUAACCCUGAACGGUUUCCGGUUCUCUGACUGAGCUUCAGAUGCUGCUGUUAACUUGAGACUUUGAAGAUAAGUGGCGUUGAUUUCUUUCUGGUCGUCGUGUCGGUAUCGAGCCCCCGUCAUUUACACUCCUCCGGCCUACGCGGCUCAUGAUGUUUGUAAUUUCCCCUUCACUACGUCUGUGGUCCCCGGCGGCCUCGGGCCAGGUCACAGCAAGUCUCGCUGAGCCACAAAUCAACAGAUUACGCUUCUUUGACAUGAUGUGAGCCCAUUGAUUGGUUCCAGGCAGUAUGAAAGUGUAUACUCUAACAUGGUUUCUGUCUACCUCAGAUGACUUGUACACCCAGUUUAACAUUGUGGUUUCAAACUAGCCCUGAAGAAGCAACUACUGUGUAUUUAUUACAUUAUUCUUCUACGAUUUGCUUCUCGUGUUUCCGCUGAAACAUCUCGCAGCCAAUUAAAUCAGUCACUUUGACAGGUUUGGGGUUUUUUUGGCUCUUUCUCUCGCUGUAUAUACAAGAUGACAGAGAGGCUUGACUGACUGGUCAUUUGAAGCUGAUUGUGUACUGGGCUGCAUUGUUUUCACUCGGUUAUGUCACAUUGAUUUCACAGAGAAAUCAGUUUCACCUGGUGUUUCAGUGAGUUCUGAUGAUCUGGUCUCAAUUGGAUUUCAAAUAUAAAAGCUUGAAUCUGUAGUUUCUGAUCAAAAGCUGAAUGAAUGUGGAGGGGAUGCAGCUUUGCUGGUAGUUUGAGUACCAGGUGGUGAUGGAAAUGAUCAGACAUGAUCAGCUGACUGUCUGCAGGCUCAAUGCAGCCCCGUCUCCGUACUUUGCAGUCCAUGAGCCAAAUUCAAAAGAUUAGAAGCUGGUUUCCCAGUCUACAGUACGAUGAGUGUUUUACAUACUUCUGAAAUUACUGUAGAAAAAGAUCAAUUGCUGUAUAAAGAUUGUCCUUUUCAUUAUAUUAAUGGCCUAUAAUUUCAAAUAACUCUUAGCGGUAGAUGUUGGGCUCAAUUUGGCCCUUUUUCGGUAGUGAGAAGGAAAUUUUGGGAAUCCCUAGCAAUGAAAACUGAAAAUAUAACAACUGGAGAAAACCAUGUAAUCAAAAAACUGGAAUAACACGUCACUCCAAAGUGUCACUGUAAUCAGGUUAAAACCUUUUGGAUUUGAGAUGCACUUUAACACGGACUGUAAAUGAAAUUCUGUUUGUACAACUCUCAGCUUCAAAAUGACUAUCAGAAAUAUUUCUGUGAAGUGUAUACAGCACAGCUUCUCACCUUACGAGUGUGUGAGACGCGCUUCGAGGAACUCAAGCAGCUGUGCUGGAAAGGUGUGUGUGAGGAGGGGAACGGCUCCGCUGAGAGGCGCUCGCCUCCUCCGCUAGUUUACAUUAAAUGGCUUUUACUGUGUGAACACUUAAAAAUGAAGGACCUUCAGUCAUUAGGCUUUAAUUGUCCUUGUGAAAGGGGGAAUAAUCGUAUUUUUGCAGUUGAUCGUCACCAAGGGCUAAUUUAAAAUCACAUUUCAUUCAACAACAACAAAAAAAAAACGUCCAGGUUAUUUAGACAGACUGCUAAAGCUGCUCCAGCCUUACUGUUCUGUCAGGAAUAACCUCCAAAUGCCUUAAGCUCAUUCAGCUGUCUUCUCCUUCAGUAUUUCUGUUUUUCAUGUCGUCUUUUCCCUGUGUUGUGUUCCACCACCCCGCAGGUUGAAAAUCAGCGUGUGAAGCAGACAGGAAGGCAGAUGUAAAAUAAGGAGAAUUAUGCAGCAGAUCACACUUGUUGUUGCCUGUCAUGUUUUGUUUGGAUGUCAGAUUUUCUUUUGUAUAUAUAUAUAUAUUUUUUUUGUUUGUACUUUUUGGUGAAGUUUGAGCUCAUGCUUCGUCUCAUUCCUCCUGAAUCGUCGUGUCUUUAUCAUGUUGAAAAGGUGAAGAAGGGAUGUCUGAUACCAGUCGGAUGUUGUGUGAACAUUCUUUAAGAAAUGUUAUCGGGUCAACAUUAGCUGAGUUGGGUAUCAGAAAAGUCUUGAGUGACCUUAGGGGCUGUGCAAUUUUAUUGGUUUCCAUCCAACAAAGCCUUUAUUAUAUAAAAAAAAAAGAAGAAGAUAGUUUGAAUAUUUAUCAUGAAUAUAUUUCCGUUCCUCAACUCUGUUUGCAAAUCAUACCAGCAGCAAAGACGGCUGUCCGAAGUAUUGAGCCAUGUUGUGAGAGUGAACAUAUUGCCAAAUGAAGAACAAAUCUCUUACUGGAGCGGAAAACAAGAAAAAUAAAAAAUAAAAAAAUCCUGUGGCUUUUCUGGAUGUACAGUUACUGUAUCAUAAAUCUGUGAAUUUUGCUAAAGUUAAGCCUCGUGUCCGUGGAUGUUGGCCUUUUUAGGAAGCCUGGAGAGAAAAUGAUCAACAUAGACAGACACACACACACACACACACACACACACACACUGGGAUGUGGAUCUGACUGGACGCAGCGGGCUGAUAAUUUGUCUUUAAGGGCUACGCAGGCUGCAGGCUGCUGCUGUUGUAACACGUUCAGAUGACUUGUGGAUCGGAGCUUAUUUCAGCUUCUGCA